AUGUGCUCUGCUCUGUGGUUUUCUUCAUCCGCCCUCGGGAUUGCUCAAAACAGAACUGUUUGUUGCAGGAUGUGGACCACGACACCUGAUGCGCUGUUGCUGAUAAGCCGAUCGGCUGACCAGGUUAUCGAAACCAAUCUAGUCGCUUUGCUGCUGUGCGCAUUCCGUUUCCCUUCUAAUUCGAACUGCCUACUCGAAUUCCUCCUGUUCCUGCUCUCUCUCCCGUUUUUUACCAACCCACAGUCGCCCAUCCCGCAACUAUCGCGUUUUACCACCACCUGUCGCCUCUCCCUCCUACCCCGCCGUCGCCAUUCCCUCCCAUCCCGCCUCCACCUCUCACCCCGUCGUCGCCUCUCACUCCCACCCCGUUGUCGCCUCUCCCUCGCUCCCCGCUAUCGCCACUACCUCCCACCCCGCCGUCGCCACUCCCUCUUAUCCCGCCGCCGCCUCUUCUCCAAUCCCGCCGCCGUCACUCCGUCCUAUCCCGCCGUCGCCUCUCCCUCCUCCCCGCCGUCGCCUCUCCCUCCUCCCCGCCGUCGCCUCUCCCUCCUCCCCGCCGUCGCCUCUCCCUCCUCCCCGCCGUCGCCUCUCCCUCCUCCCCCGUCACCUCUCCGUCCUCCCCGCCGUCGCCUCUCCCUCCUCCCCGCCGUCGCCUCUCCCUCCUCCCCGCAUCGCCUCUCCCUCCUUCCUGCCGGUCGCCUCUGGCGACAGGUGCACGAGCGCAAGCGCGAGUUGGUGCGCGAGGGCGGGUCGGUGCGCGAGCUCGGGUGGGUGCGCGAGCGCGGGUUGGUGCGGCAGCGCGGGUCGUUUUCUGAGGCAUUGUGA